UACGGCCAAACGUCUACUUAAUUCUCCACUUUGAACAAGUCUUUUUAACAUUAGUGAAAAGAAACGACGGCGUUGGACAGGUGGUUCCUCUGUCUUUCUUGUCAUCGCCACGACUUACAAUUGUUGGUACCAAAAGCAGCAGAUUACGCCAGUUCUCUGUGUGAAGUGUGAAGCAAAAAAUGGCGAGGAGCAGAGCGAAAAUAACAUUCAGAAUAGUAAUAGGGAUUUUAGUAGUAUCAUUGCUCUACUACGUCGGCCGGCCUCUGUACUGGAAAAUCUCGGCCACCGUUCAUGACAUCCGUCACAACAAACAAACCGUCUCCCAAGGAUUUUCACAAAUUGUUCAGGCAGCUCAGAAUUCAGUGGGCUGGUUCCGCGAUGAGUCUGACUCAGGAGUGCAUGACGAUGGCAUUGCGGCAGCAAGGAGGAUCCUUCUUCGUAAGGUUUUGUAAAGCUUUGUACUUUCGAAAUUUUAUGUUACUUUCAUGUGUUGAGACUGUCUCAAGUGAUUAAUGUAGAUCUGGUUGAAUAAAUGUGUUAUAAUUGUGGAGGCUUUCAAACUUUUGAAGUUUUGGAAAUUGUAGCUACAUCUUGUACUAAUUUAAAGUUCAUAUCAGAAUAUUGAACAAUCGAUUUUUCUGUUUA